AUUCUUGUGUCUUACCGAUAUUGAAUCGUGAACACCAGACUUGUGACAGAUAUCUGGGAUUGAUGCAUGCCGAAUAUGGUCGAGGUUUUGGGCAUUUACCAUUAAUGUCUAACACCCACCUACACCUUGACAGUGCGCAAUUAAGUUAGUGAAAAUGAUUAACAAUGGCGAUGUUUCUUCUACGGCCCAAAGAACUCAAGAGUCUAAAGUCUGGCUCGUGACGGGUUGCUCAAGUGGACUUGGUAAAUGUCUAGUCUCAGCCAUUCUGGCAAGAGGUGACAAGGUCAUUGCUACAGCUCGACAGCUCAGUGCAAUGAAAGAGUUUGAAGGUCAUGAUGACAUCAAGACACUUUCUCUUGACGUGGCAUCGUCUCAGGAUGUACUUGACACAAAAGUCAAAGAGGCUGUUUCUUUCUUCGGGCGAAUUGACAUCCUGGUAAACAACGCAGGAUACGUCGAGUCUGGGGUAUGGGAAGAACUCAGCCAUGAAAACACUCUUGGAGGGUUCGAGACCAACUUCUUUGGGGCCAUGAACAUGACUCGAUCCGUCCUCCCAUCUAUGCGUUCUCGGAAGUCGGGCACCAUCAUGUUUAUGGGCAGUAUUGCUGCUUGGUAUGGUGCCGCAGCAGGUGGACUGUAUGCCUCGACUAAAUGUGCACUGGAAGGCGCUGCCGAAUCACUGUCAAGGGAAGUGUCUGAACUUGGUAUCAAUGUUCAUGUCUUUGUCAUAGGUCGUUUCAGGACAGGAAUCCUUGGAGAGAAGAGCAAAAACGAAAAGCUGAGCACACAAGGCGGUAUCGCAGACUAUACCAACGCCAAGAAUUCCCUUGCUCAGAGUCUGGACGAUUCACAUGGCCGCCAGCCAGGUGAUCCUGUCAGAGCAGCAGAAAAGAUCGUUGACAUCGGGAAGAUGCAGAACCUCACUCCAGGCCAGGUAGCAAAGAUACCGUUGCGCAUUCCACUCGGGGCAGAGGCAGUGGCGGUGAUGAGACAAAAGUCUUUGGAUACUCUUGCUCUUCUUGAUACGUGGUCUCAGUUCAGUGCUGAGGCAGAUUUCGAAGAUGCUGAAGCAUUGCCUUCUUUUUAUUCAUAGCAAGAUCAUAGAAACCUACUCGAGUGCCACUAAAUUCAACUACAUAUUUGCCUCUCAUUUCGUUUUGUACCAGACUCUUGUCAGAGGUCGAGUUAAACC